GAUGGCAAGCCGCUCCUCUUAUUGAAGCUCGGCGGAGAGACGAGGCGGGCAGUCAGUCUGAGAGGAUCCGCGAACUCGACCGUGUAACCCGAGAGACGCAGGCAUGGCAUCCGGAGUCACCGUCACAGACAACGUCAUCCAGGUCUUCAACGACAUGAAGGUGCGCAAGUCCCAGACGCAGGACGAGAUCAAGAAGAGGAAGAAGGCAGUGCUAUUCUGCCUGAGCGACGACAAGAAGAACAUCAUCCUGGAGGAAGGGAAGGAGAUCCUGGUGGGAGACGUGGGGGAGAGCGUGGACGACCCCUACCUGACCUUCGUCAAAAUGCUGCCCGACAACGACUGCCGCUACGCGCUGUACGAUGCCACGUACGAGACCAAGGAGACCAAGAAGGAGGACCUGGUCUUCAUCUUCUGGGCCCCAGAAAACGCCCCCCUGAAGAGUAAAAUGAUCUACGCCAGCUCAAAGGAUGCCAUUAAGAAGAAGUUUACAGGUAUUAAACACGAGUGGCAGGUGAAUGGCUUGGAUGAGAUCCGAGACCGGGCGACCCUGGCAGAGAAGCUGGGGGGUAACGCAGUGGUAACCCUGGAGGGGUCUCCUGUGUGAGAUCACCUCUGCUGGCGUGCAAGUGCUACUGGAGCCCCCUCCCCCUCCCCCCGGGCAUCCAUUGUCCUGUGCUGUUAGUCUGAGGGGGUGGGAUAGUGGCAGGUGGAGUUGGGGUGGGAGGGUGGGGGGUGAGAAUCUGGGGGCUCCGUCCUAAUAAACUCCACAAUGUCGGGAAUUCAUUUGGUUCAUUUAUGAAAAAACAACAAAACCAAAAAAAAAAAAAAAUACAAAAGGAAAAAAAGUUCAGUUUAUCUUGUCACCAUUUUCCAUUCUCCCCAGCUUCCAUGCAAAGUAGAUUUUUAUGAUGCCUGUUAACUAAAAAUGGACGAACCUUUAUUGAAAAUGUGUUGAGGGAUGCAGUUUUGUUUUGUAACGUUUUUUUUUUGCCAAAAAUGCCAUUCUGAAGUUCCUAAGCCUUCAGGUUUGUUUUGUUUAAAAAAAAAAAAAAAAAAAAAUUUUAGGGAACAGUAAAUUUCUAACAUUUCCGUAUCUGUGUUGAUAUCAACUAAGCAUUCCCCCCUCUCUCGUCUCAAAACAACUGUGGGAUGUUUUCUCGUCAUUUUUAGAGAAAAGAGAUCUCUAAAUUUAUUUCUAUAAAUAUAUGGGUCUUAACGAGAGGCAUUACAAAAAAUACUGUAAACUUUUUUUUGUUAAGUGUUUUAACUACUAUCCAGAACUGUUAGAUUCCACGUUUUUUGUUUUGAAAUAUCAACUAAGGCAUGAUUAAUUUAUUUAUUAAUCGUUCGGAAAGCACUUUUGCAUGCCUCUUGUUUAGAGCGGCACUCCCUUUGUAAAGAGAAGCACUUAAUUAUCCAGCUUCAGUCUCGCUACCCUCCCACCCCAGCCUCUGUCUCUGGUAAAGUAACACACUGGCAGUGUAAAAUUGACCCCCCCCCCCAGAGUGUUUCAUGAUGUCGCAUGCAGCCUGGUCUGAUUUCACUGGUUUUAUAUUCCAUGUACAAUGUGACCAAAUGUAGUUCCCCCUCCCCCUUCCUCCCCACAUGCUCUCGCACAGGCCAGUACAAUUUGAAAAAAUUAAUUCAUUUAAAAAUACAUUGUAGUUGCCUGUGCUUGCACAUGUGUGACACUGCCCAGGUUGUUUUGGGUGGGGGGGGGUGAAGUUUGAAUAUUUCUCUCGUUUUGGACCCCCCCCCCCCCCCCCAGUUGAAUUGCUAAUAUGGAAACGUCAUUGAUUUACCACAUUCAAUAAAAAUACAAUACACGA